AUGAGCCAACUACCGUCCCGCCAACUGCCGGCCCGACAAAGGAGGUCUGCGAUUGAUGAGGCGAUCUACCUACUGGAAGGUGAAGGCAUUUCAUCGCCAGUAAGUUAUGGAAAAUAACGCUAUCAUACCUUUCAGGAGCCGCAGGUGGACGCCAAUGACGACACGUUAACCACAGUGCCGAAAGCCAAUGCGCAGGAAGAUAUCCUGCUGCUCAUGUGCAAACACAUGCGUGAACAGUCAAUGAAACGAGACAUUCUGGUGGAGACUGUUCGCAAAUUACUCGGCCGUCAGCGGCUGUUAGAAUCAAUGAUUCAACAGCAUGCUAAAACCUCGGGACCGGUAGCUUCUCAGCUGCCGAGGAACCCACUCGACCACCACUUACGGUCUGCAGCCGAAUUUCGUCAUUUGAAUGUCCAAUUACAGGACAAGAGCUUCCGACAGGAGCUGGUAAGCCACCAUAUUAAUCACACCCUAUUGCUUCAGACCUCCUUCCUUACGUGCCUUGGUGGGCAGAAUCUUGACGAAUUCGUCAAGCGAAUUUUCUUCGCAGUGUUCGACGACGAGAUUAGCCUUUACGUCAAUUUCAAAGGCCGGAAGACGAAAGACAGCCUCUGCGGUUCGAAACUGUAUGAGGUUAUACUUGGUAGGUCUGCCGUUACUUACAACUAUACAACAUACAGAAGUCUUCGGAGCGUGGAAUACUGA